CUCCCCGCAUCAAGCCUUGAUCGGCGGGGGAGAGGGAGGACUCGGAAGCGGAGAACUCCAAGGCACAAUGUACCAGAGCCUGGCCAUGGCCGCCAACCACGGCCCCCCUCCUGGAGCUUAUGAGACAGGUGGGCCCGGAGCCUUCAUGCACAGCGCAGGCGCUGCGUCCUCGCCCGUCUACGUUCCCACACCGCGGGUGCCGUCCUCAGUUCUGGGCCUGUCUUACCUCCAGGGCGGAGGUGGAGGCUCUACGUCUGGAGCUGGCUCGUCAGGCAGUUCGGGGACUGCCCCAUCAGGCGCGGGUCCGGGGACCCAACAGGGCAGCCCAGGCUGGAGCCAGGCAGGAGCAGAGGGAACCGCCUACACACCGCCGCCGGUAUCUCCGCGCUUCUCCUUCCCUGGGACCACUGGGUCCCUGGCGGCCGCUGCAGCGGCCGCAGCGGCCCGGGAAGCAGCUGCCUACAGCAGUGGCGGAGGGGCUGCAGCUGCGGGCCUGGCGGGUCGCGAGCAGUACGGACGUGCCGGCUUCGCGGGCUCCUACUCUAGCCCCUAUCCCGCCUACAUGGCUGACGUGGGGGCGUCCUGGGCUGCAGCCGCUGCCGCCUCCGCCGGCCCCUUCGACAGCCCAGUUCUGCACAGCCUGUCUGGCCGGGCUAACCCCGCCGCCCGCCACCCCAACCUCGUAGAUAUGUUUGAUGACUUCUCAGAAGGCAGAGAAUGUGUCAACUGUGGGGCCAUGUCCACCCCCCUCUGGAGGCGAGAUGGGACAGGGCACUACCUGUGCAAUGCCUGUGGCCUCUAUCACAAGAUGAAUGGCAUCAACCGGCCCCUCAUCAAGCCCCAGCGCCGGCUGUCGGCCUCCCGGCGAGUGGGCCUCUCUUGUGCUAACUGCCAGACCACCACCACCACUCUGUGGCGCCGCAACGCAGAGGGUGAGCCCGUGUGCAAUGCCUGUGGCCUCUACAUGAAACUCCAUGGGGUCCCCAGGCCUCUUGCGAUGAGGAAAGAGGGAAUUCAAACCAGAAAACGGAAGCCCAAGAACCUUAAUAAAUCUAAGACACCAGCAGGUCCUUCGGGCAGUGAGAGCCUUCCUCCCACCAGCAGCGCUUCCAGCAACUCCAACAGCGCAACCACCACUAGCAGUGAAGAGAUGCGUCCCAUCAAGACAGAGCCUGGGCUGUCAUCUCAUUAUGGGCAUACCAGCCCCAUGUCCCAGACUUUCUCGGUCAGUGCGAUGUCUGGCCACGGGCCCUCCAUCCACCCAGUCCUCUCAGCCCUGAAGCUCUCCCCACAAGGCUACGCCUCUUCUGUUAGCCAGUCGCCGCAGGCCACCUCCAAGCAGGACUCUUGGAACAGCCUGGUCUUGGCUGAUAACCACGGGGACAUAAUCACUGCCUAAUCACACCUCCUUCCCUCUUCAAAUUCCUGCACAGACUUGGGACUUGGA